CUUUCCCUGAUUCCCAUAAAACAUUCCCUCAUCACUAUUGCAAAAUAUAGUAGGAGCAAAUGGAGUUCGCAACAACGAAUCGACAGCUUUUGUCUAGGAUAGCCACUAACGACCGACAUGGAGAGAAUUCACCUUAUUUUGAAGGGUGGAAAGCGUAUGACAGCAACCCUUUUCACCGCACUCAGAAUCCUGAUGGGGUCAUCCAAAUGGGCCUAGCUGAGAAUCAGCUUUGCUUUGACUUGAUCAAAAAGUGGAUUCUGGAAAACCCCCAAGCCUCCAUCUGCACUGCUGAAGGAGUUGAUAAGUUCAAAGAUAUUUCCAUCUUUCAGGAUUAUCACGGCCUGAAAGAGUUUAGAGAGGCUGUAGCUAAGUUUAUGGGAAGAGUAGGAGGAAACAGGGUCACAUUUGAUCCAAACCGUAUAGUCAUGAGCGGCGGAGCCACAGGAGCUAACGAGACGGUCAUGUUUUGCUUGGCCGAUCCAGGCGACGCUUUUCUUGUACCUUCACCUUAUUACCCAGCAUUUCUCCGGGACCUAAGAUGGCGCACUGGGUUGGAAAUAGUUCCGGUUGACUGCAAUAGCUCAAACAAUUUUCGUAUAACAAGAGCAGCCCUGGAAGAAGCCUAUGAAAAGGCUCAAAGAUUGAACAUCAAUGUUAAAGGCGUGAUCAUAGCAAACCCCUCAAACCCUUUAGGCACCACCCUGGACAGAGAGACAAUGAGGAGCUUAGUCAGCUUCAUUAACGAAAAGAACAUCCACCUUGUUUGCGAUGAAAUCUAUGCAGCUUCAGUCUUCAGCUCUCCUAGAUUCAUUAGCGUUGCUGAGAUUAUACAAGAUAUGGAUUGCAACCGUGAUCUCAUUCACAUUGUUUACAGCUUGUCCAAGGACAUGGGAUUUCCUGGUUUCCGGGUUGGCAUUGUUUACUCGUUCAAUGAUGUAGUUGUGCAUUGUGCCCGCAAGAUGUCGAGUUUCGGGUUAGUCUCCUCGCAAACUCAAUAUUUGCUUGCUUCGAUGCUUUCCGACGAGGAGUUUGUUGAGAAUUUCCUAAAGGAGAGCUCACAAAGGUUAGCCAAAAGGCACCGUGUUUUCACCGACGGACUCGAACAAGUAGGGAUUUCUUGUUUAAAAGGCAAUGCUGGUUUGUUUUUCUGGAUGGACAUGCGAUCACUCCUUAAAGAACAAACUGUCGAGGGAGAAAUGGAAUUGUGGCGUGUGAUUGUCAAUGAAGUGAAACUCAAUGUUUCCCCAGGUUUAUCUUUCCGAUGCUCGGAACCUGGCUGGUUCAGGGUCUGCUUUGCAAACAUGGAUGAUGAGAUCGUUGAAAUAGCACUUGAUAGAAUUGGAAAAUUUGUGCGUAAGGAAGAAGAUGUUGCACCAAAGAAGUCUAAACGUUGGCAAAAGAAAAAUCUACACCUCAGCUUUUCUUCCAAUAAGUUAUACGACGAGAGUAUCAUGUCUCCACGCAUGAUUUCCCCUCACUCCCCUAUUCCUCACUCACCAUUGGUUCGGGCGAGGACUUAAUAAUCUUUACUCUUCAUAGUUCAUCCUGUUCAUCACUGUCAUUGAAUCAUUUUUAGGAGAUUAGUGUGGCUCAGAUUAUAGUUAGGAUAUAUCUUUUAGUCUGAGACCAAUUUGUUAAACCACUUGAAGUAAACUCAGGUGGUAAACACUAAUCUUUUUCUCUUCAUUUGUUCAUCUCAUUAAUGAGGUAACAUCAUCUAAUUUAUUGACAGUGUAUAGAAUAUAUACAUUAAAUCUGUUUAAGUUUAUACAGUAAGAAUAAGUUUUAUGGGAGAUUAAUGCAUUGUAAUAGUAGUAAUUAUUUUUAAGUUUGUACCAAGACGUUUAGUUAUA